AUGGCGCCGGCUGCCCCGGCGCCUCGCGCCGCAGUGCCUGCGGUGCCAUCCACAGCAGAAGUUUUGUCAGCAGCACCCCCAGACGUGGAACAGGUCACCCGCACCCUGAUAACCCUGCUCAAGAAGUCCAAGGGCCGCGGCGCAGCACACACGCUGAGCCGCGCGGAGGGCGCGUUGGCGGCCCUGACGGACGCUGGCGCCGCAGACACCAGCACGCCGCUGCCUGGCGCGCUGCUGCAGGACCUGCUCGCGUCUGCCCCCGGCUUCCUGGCGCGGGCCAUCGCCUGCCUCUCGAGCGCCAACGACGCCACCGCCACGGCCGCGGCGGGCGCGCUGGCGAUGCUCUCUGCGUUUGAGCCCGAGGCGUGCGCCCUGAUCCUGAGGGAGGGCGACGCGAUGCAGGCGCUGCUGACGCUCAUGGACAGCAGGCGCUCCGGUGCGAGCCCCGACGCAAGCGCCAACGCCCUCAACUGCCUCGCCCACCUGGGUACCUUUGGCGGAGAGGCGCCCCUGCGCCGGCUGGCGGGCGAGCCGGCGUUUGUGGACGCCGCGUGCGCGCGCGUGGCCGUUGAGGGCGACGCCUGCGCCUACGCGGCGGCCCGUGCUCUACAUGCCAUGGUGUUCCUGCCUGCAGAGUGCGCCGACCGCGCCGCCGGCAACCCUGCCGCCAGCCCUCGGUACCUGAGGCUUUUGUCGGCGAGCCUGGCGCCGCGGCACUGGCGCGCGAUGGGGGCGCAGCUGAUCCAGCUCCUGCGCGCAGCCGCCGCGCCGCAGGGCGGCGGCGGCCGCGCGGCGGCGCGCGUCAACCCGGAUUUUCUGCAGGUGGCCAUGCGCAUGGCAUGCGACGGGAUCUCUUCAGAGACCGCGAGGGUGCCGCUGCUGGAAACGUGGGCCGAGGAUGUCCCAGGCGUGAACGCAGCGGCGGCCGCGGGGGCGCCGCGGCAGCGGGGCGUGCUGAUAGAGGCGCUGAUUCGAGAGCCGGAUGCUGUGCUGUGGCUGGCGCGCCUGGCGAGCUCGGGCAGCCCGGUGGUGGACCCGACG